AUUAUAUAUAGCAUGAUUCAUUAGACGCGACAAUACAUAUGACUGAACCACUGUAAAGUUAUUGAUGGCAACCCAAAAUACAUUUCACAGAUAUCAUAAUCGCGAAUCACUUUACUCCUUUCAGAGAGAAAGAUGAAAGCAUUAACCAUGACUCACCUCUUCACUCGUUCAAAACUCGCUCGACUCGUUCCUUUAACUCAUACUUCCAAAUGUUCACUCAUAACAACAUCAACAAUAACAACAACUUCUUGUUCUCUCCACCUAUUCUCAACAAAAACCACUGCCUGCUGCGGAGGAGAACAGUCACCGGAAACGGAAAGGAGGGAAUGGAACCACCGUCGAGUGGAGCUACCGAAGGAGCUUUCGAAAAAUGUGAUCGUACUUGAGUGCGAGUCUACGGCAAAGGGUGGGGUUUGUGAUGUCUACGUGGUUGGCACAGUCCAUAUCUCAAAGGAAUCAAGCCAACAAGUUGAAGCUAUUGUCAAAUUUUUGAAACCAGAGACUGUCUUUUUGGAAUUGUGUAGGAGUCGUCAGCAAGUGCUUUUCCACGAAAAGAUUAAGGUACCAACUGUGGAAGAAAUGUAUGAAAGCUGGAAGAAAAAACACAACUUCUUUGGAAUACUUUAUAGCUGGUUAAUGGCCGAGCUUGCCAAUGAGCUCGACGUGUAUCCUGGUGCUGAGUUUCGUUCUGGAUACAGAGAAGCAAUCAAGUAUGGUGGCAAAGUGGUACUUGGUGAUCGUCCUAUACAGAUCACAUUAAAGAGAACAUGGAGUAAGCUGCCACUCUGGCACAUCCCAAGAUUGUUGAUUCCAUCUUCUUUUCCAAUGAAAUUCUCAGAUUCUUUAUCCAUCUCUGAUACUGUUAAAAUUUGGUUGAAGGAGUUGGAUAAUGAUGACGGGUUAAUUCUUGCUAAGAAAAUAAUGAGUGAGAAACUCCCAACUGUAGUGGAGAUUAUUGUGCAUGAAAGAGAUAAGUACAUGUCCUACACAUUACUAAAAGUGGCAAGUGAUAAAAGAUCAGUUGUUGCUGUUGUUGGAUUAGGGCAUCUAGAAGGAAUAAAGAAGUAUUGGAAGCAACCUAUCAAGAUUCAAGAUCUCAUCACAGUUCCACCUCCCAAACCUGCUAUCCCAAGAAUGAAAAUCUUUGUAUCUGUCAGCAUGGUUGUGGCUGGAAUGGCCUUAUUAUCAAACACCUAUCUUUAAAUGCAAAGAGUGACUUCCCUAUGUAGAGACAUUGUCAUUUUCAACAACAAUUGUGACAGGUGAGUAAGUAAUUUGUUAGUAAUUAAUUACUCAUUUAUUAGCAUCUAUAUAAGGUAUGUAAUUAAUUAAUUGGUGUAAAUAAACUUGUUGUACUCUUCUCAUACAAUUUCUAUUUUAUAUG